CUGGAAAAAAUAGUUUUCCCUUCCGGGCCGGAAUCGAUUCCUCUGUUGCUGUCGUCUUUCUGCUCUCUACUCCCCUCAGAAAAAAAUAUUUGCACAAAGUUUGCUGUUAUUUACGACGAUAGAACAACAUUUGAGCAGCCAAAAUGAUAUUCAACGUGACUGUCAACAGUGCAUGUAGGGCAACAAGGACGCUGUGGUCGCUCAUGCUUGUGAGCCUCUCUGUGUGCAUCUGUGUUUGCCGAGCAUUUUCACCAGUUCUGGAGGAUGACAGUGCCAUGGAGAACAUUGUUACGGAGAAAAAGGCUGAGGAGAGCCACAGGCAGGACAGCGCAGACCUGCUCAUCUUCAUCAUGCUCCUCACCCUCACCAUCCUGACCAUCUGGUUGUUUAAACACCGGAGGUUUAGGUUUCUGCACGAGACUGGACUGGCGAUGAUUUAUGGUGUACUUGUUGGCGUGGUUUUGCGUUACGGUAUCCAUGUUCCUCGUGACUUGGGCAACAUGACGAUGAGCUGCCACGUCAACACCAGCCCCGCCACUUUGCUGGUCAACGUCAAUGGUAAAUUCUAUGAAUACACGCUUAAAGGAGAGAUCGGUGCCAACGAGGUGAACGACGUGCAGGAUAAUGAGAUGCUGCGAAAAGUGACCUUUGACCCUGAAGUUUUCUUCAACAUUCUCCUGCCGCCAAUCAUCUUCCACGCUGGAUACAGCUUGAAAAGGAGACAUUUUUUUCGUAACAUGGGAUCCAUCUUGGCUUUUGCCUUCCUGGGAACAGUUGUUUCCUGUUUUGUUAUUGGGUUGCUGAUGUAUGGCUGUGUGAUGCUAAUGAAGCAGGUUGGACAGCUGGGAGGAGAUUUCUUCUUCACUGAUUGUCUCUUCUUCGGAGCCAUUGUUUCUGCUACAGACCCCGUGACAGUCCUCGCGAUCUUCAACGAGCUGCAGGUAGACGCAGACCUGUACGCCCUGCUGUUUGGAGAGAGCGUGCUCAACGAUGCAGUGGCCGUCGUUCUAUCCUCGUCUAUUGUGGCGUAUCAGCCACAAGGAGACAACAGUCACACCUUCGAGGGCAUGGCCAUGCUGAAGUCUUUUGGGAUUUUCCUCGGGGUCUUCAGCGGCUCCUUCGCUCUGGGAGUGGCCACUGGAGUUGUCACUGCUCUCGUGACAAAGUUCACCAAACUGAGGGAUUUCCAGCUGUUGGAGACGGCUCUGUUCUUCCUCAUGUCAUGGAGCACGUUCCUGCUGGCAGAGGCCUGUGGCUUCACAGGUGUGGUUGCAGUACUGUUCUGUGGAAUCACUCAGGCCCACUACACCUUCAACAAUCUGUCCCCUGAGUCCCAGGACAGGACUAAACAGCUGUUCGAGCUGCUAAAUUUCCUGGCGGAGAACUUCAUUUUCUCCUACAUGGGUCUGACCCUGUUCACCUUCCAGAGCCACAUCUUCAAUCCCAUGUUCAUCGUUGGAGCUUUUGUGGCAGUGUUUCUGGGGAGAGCUGCAAACAUCUACCCUCUUUCAUUUCUUCUGAAUCUGGGACGACGCCACAAGAUCAGAUCGAACUUCCAGCACAUGAUGAUGUUUGCAGGGCUGCGAGGCGCGAUGACCUUUGCCCUGUCGAUCAGAGACACUGCAACGUACGCCCGUCAGAUGAUGUUUACUACCACUCUGCUCGUGGUCUUCUUCACUGUGUGGGUCUGUGGAGGUGGCACCACACAGAUGCUGUCUUGCCAGCGCAUACGAGUGGGGGUGGACUCUGAUCAAGACAACUCUAUUAGCAUCACUGAAGCCCCGGAGAGGAGAAGCACCAAGCAAGAAAGUGCCUGGCUUUUCAGGAUUUGGUACAACUUUGACCACAACUACCUGAAGCCCAUCCUGACUCACAGCGGCCCCCCUCUCACGGCCACGCUGCCUCCCUGCUGUGGACCCCUCGCCCGCUUCCUCACCAGUCCUCAGGCCUAUGAGAACGAGUGCCAGCUGAAGGACGAUGACUCUGACCUCAUCCUUACAGACGGUGACAUCAACCUGAGCUACGGUGACAUCACCGUUAGCACGGAUGCCACAGGUGCCCACACAAGCGGCGGUUUAGCCUACGCUGGCGCCGCCACUGCCGACGACUUGGACAGAGAGUUAAUGCACGGUGAUCACGAGCUGGUGAUGAGAGGCACACGCCUCGUACUCCCCAUGGACGACUCAGAGCCUCCCUUUACGGACCCACACCAGCGCUUACGUAUGUGAAGAUAACCCUUAAACCCAGAUAACCGUCCAACUCGAAAUCACCUGAGCCAUCGAGCAAGAGACCAGUACCUGAUGCUCUUCUUCUCACCUUGUUUUGCACUUGCACCUUGCCUCAUUCCUCUUGCUUUUUUUACCCCCUCACAGCUACAUUAACUCACUCCCUCUAGUGGCAAAUCACUGUCUCUACCUCAUUCUCGUUCUGCUCAUUUCCACACCUUUAUUGGCGUCUGUCAUUAUUGUAAUAUAGUCUUAUUUAUUUGCAGGGUUUCUCCAUUUAAAGUCAGCCUCUCUUAGUUUGGCUUCAAGUCGUGUGUCUGUCACCUUACUGUAGCAUUGCACAGAGGUCCAGCAGCAUGUGUUAGUGUGUAAAUGCAAGUAUCAACCAAUAGCUAACUUGUCCAUGUACAGUAUAUAUUACAAGAGUACUUUAACUUUGAUAUGCAUGCUGAGGAUGCUUGUGGUUUUCUUUGUACGGGAGGUGGAGGGCUUUUGUGUUUUGGGUCUGACUUUGAAUGUUGCUGCCUUCUCUCCGUGCACCAGAGGCAUGCUGACCCAGUGGAAAACUUUACUGUACAUUUUGUUACAAUCAAGUGCCUGGGAAUUGUAGUUUGCAGCCUGGAAACCCACACUGGAUCAGCUAUGGGGACGGGCGGUCAUGCAGUUGUAGUUUUCCUUUGUAAAAAAAAUGACAAAAAAAGAACAAAAAAGUGAACCAGCACCUCCGUCCAUAAGGUAGCAAUAUACUCAGCGGGUGUUUGGGCUGUCAGUCUGUGCUGUCUGCCUGUAAAUAGUGUUUAAUGUGAUGCCAUUGAUGCAGUGUACACCUGGCAGUGAAAGUUGUGGAUCUCUCCCAAUGACCUUGGACUGUGACAUAGAGAGGGACUUUACACCUUAUUUUAGAAGCUGACGGCGCUCACAGCAGAACGAAGGGCUCUUGUUUGUGGAAAAAAAAACGAGAUCCAAAAACGUAAAUGUAGAAAGCUUUGUGCCAUUUCUGCCCUGCAUUUCAUCUUUUUGUGAAAGCUGAACGCAGGUGACCUUAAAGUAUUUUGUAAUGGUGUUGUUGUGAGAGAGCUUGAGCACUUUAAGCUGAAUCAUGUUUGUCAUACUGUACACAUUUAGCUGUGUGGGUGUGUUUCCUAUUACAAUCAUGCAUUCAUGUCCAGACUUUAUACUCAUGAAUAUGACACUAACAAGAAAAAUUAGUGUCAUGUUAUUGGUGAUUUUGUGAGUACUGUGAGCUUUUUGAUUGACACUGAAACAUGGCCAUAAAUUAUCUCAAAGUCUAAGUUUGCAAUGAUCUUGUUUGAUCGGCUCAACAGUUAGAACCCAAAGAUAUUCACUUGGUACUUUAAAAAACUAAAAUGGUUUUCUUCUUUAUUUGACAAACUGGACAAACAGAAUUUAAGGCAAUUGUUGCUUUAGUAAAAUAGGUCAAUUAUAUCUCUGUUUGAAAUAAGAAUUGCAGAUGAAGCCCAUCAGUUAACCAAACUUUUAAUCUUCUAGCUGUUGCUGUCUUUGAUUUUUUUUUUACAAAGUGGUCAGUACUAUCAAGAAAGAAUAUUAUUGUGUUAAUGAAUACAGUUUUAAUAUAAGCAGAUACUUUGGUACUGUGCCAGUUUGUCUUCAGGAGGAUCAAUUCAUUAAAACAAUAGUUACUUCUAUGCUGGAUGUUUUCCUGUGCUGUACAUCAUAGAGCUCUGGAGGAUUAAUGGAUUGAUGGUUAAACAUGAAUUCAACAGAAUAAGUCUUUCAAUCACUCAUCAUCAAAGUGUACUAAUGAGAAGAUGUUACGUGUGACUUUGAAUCUAAUUCAAGUGAGGUUGUGUGAGAACAACAUGCGAUUUCAUGACCUCCUUAGCGUGCUAAGUGUAGCAGCUGUUAAUGCAGGAAGUGGUGAAAGGGUGUCACCGUGGAAACACUGUGUUGAUGUGGACGGUGGCCAGAAAACACUGGUGAGCGGUGGUCAAAUGCAACAGGAGUGGGAGGAAAAUCAGAAUUGUGUGUUAUCAAAGUGAGCAAGGAGGGAAAGGCCCUGUUUGUUUGUUUGUGUGUUAUUAUGAGGAAGAGCAUCCUUUUAGAUAUCGCUUCUUCCUUCUGCAGUUAUCUUCUGCUGUGCAGGAACUCCUUUUUUCUUUUUUAGUCAGGCAUGCCUCUCAACGCCACAUUAUCCAGGAAUGAUUUCCUCGUUCUACAUUUAUACUUUUCAUUUGUGUUGUGAGUGAAUUUGAUUUCAUAGAAGGGAAACAAAGAAAGUUAAGAAGAUUUGCACUCAUCCAUUGAGAAUGUUUUAUUCUGUUGCUUUGAUUGUUUUAUUUAACAGCUGCUUUUAUGAUCAUUUAUAUUUCUGAAGGUUGUGGAAAACAGUGCAAAUUCAUGUUUGAUUAAUCUUGUCUCAUUGAUGUAACUUUGUAAUCUGCUGUGGAGAUGGUUAAAAACUGUCUCUUACUGUUGUUCCAUCACUUUACCAUUCAGGUACUUUGUAUGUAUGUUUGCAACAAGUUGAAUGCUGUAACCAUGACUUCUACAGAGCAUGAAUCCUUCAAUCCUCCGCCAACGGUGGGGGAAAAAAAUCUAUAUAUAAGAGCUGAAACGUGUGCCACUUUCUUCAAAUGACACACUGAAUAAUGUAAACUCUGCAAAAGCUGAUGUAGGUUUUGGGUGUUUGCCUACUGCUCUGUCAGUAUGUGUUUCUCUCUGUUCUCUGAAUGGUGACUUGUGAUUGGCUUUGAUCGUUGGAAAAUCUCGUCUGAAGUAGCUGACCAAAGAGGCCUGCUGUGCUUUGUGUUUCCAGACAGUCCACUCUAUCUUAUACUGCAAAUUCUCUGUGUUUUGUGUGAAUGUGUGUGUGUGACGUGUGUUAACCGCCUGCUUGUGUACAGGAUGUGUUACCUUGUAUGUGUGUAUGAGAGCGGAGGGAGAGACGCACUGUGUUCUGUCUCUUUUCCUCUGUUGCAGGUACUGAUUGUUUACAUCUGUGUAAAUAUAUUCUCACCUGUUCAUGUGCGUGCAGCAGUCAAUAAACAGAAGCCUGUGCUUUUGGUUAAAGCCCCCGCA